ACGAUAUAAGGCAACAGUUCCAAGUUGUUUAGGAACUGGUUUCUUCUGAAGCCGCCAUGUUUAUAACUUGUUUAUGACUUGCAAUUAAUACCAAAAGGAGGUUUAAGACUAUAUCUAGUGGCGGUAAUUCAAGUAAUAAUUAUUAUUCUUAGUCUCUCAUUCUUCAAUCAUUCUAUCGUGGUACAUUAAUUACAAAUUACACUCAUUCAUCAAUGGCUACUGGCGCCACUGCUUCUUCGGCUUCUCAGCCAUCCAUCCAUAAUGUUUUGGUUUUCUCCAAAGGCGCGUCUCUUGCCAUAACACGCACUUCUCUUGUUGUAAAUGACAAAUCACUGGCAAGACAUCAUCGGAGAAAGCUUUGUGGCAUUUCUAUCGGUAGUAGUCCUGCUGAGUUCACCAUCCCUCUCUAUAAUAUCCUGUGGUCGGAAAUCGGCGCCGCCGGAGACCUGGUUAUCGAUUACGCGAAUCCUAUUUCCAAAAAACACCUGCGCCUAGCAACGCUAACCUACCCCCUCGAGGAACUCCCCCCCGACGCAGUGAAAGAGUGGGUUGAUCGUCUCCUCCAAGAAGCCUAUGGGCCAGCCCAGCGUUGCAAACGUGCCAAAGUUUUAGUCAAUCCACAUGCAGGACCAGGGGGUGCCGAUAAUAUAUGGGAACAUGAUGUAAAGCCGUUGCUUGAGGCAGCGCGCAUGCCUCUAGAUGUGGUACGAACUAAAUUCCCUGGCGAAGCUGUCGGGAUAUGCGAAAAUCUCGAUAUCGAUGCGUAUGACGUCGUAAUCCCUUGUUCGGGAGAUGGGCUACCAUACGAGUGCAUUAAUGGGUUGGGAAAGCGAGCUGACGCGCGCAAGGCCCUGCGCCAGGUGGCUGUGGGGCAUAUACCGUGCGGCAGCGGAAACGCAAUGAGCUGUAACCUGAAUGGCUCCUACAGACCAAGCUUCGCGGCACUGGCCAUCAUCAAGGGCGUCAGGACACCACUAGAUCUGAUGAGCGUCACUCAAGGAGAUACACGGACUCUUAGCUUCCUCAGCCAAUCGGUGGGGAUUAUAGCUGAAUGCGAUCUGGGCACAGAAAACUUACGGUGGCUGGGUGCAGCGCGAUUCAACGUUGGCCUUGUGCAAAGAAUAUUUAGCAAAAAAGUGUAUCCCUGCGAUAUUUCUAUGAAAGUAGAGAUUGUGGAAAAAAUUGAUAUCAAAGCGCACUACAAACGCGAGCAAACAGAGUCCGAUUACACCACAAGGAGGGAGAAGGAAGCAUCUAUUGUUGGCGAAUCUGCUUCAAGCGAAGCUGAUAUUGGAGAUGGCUUACCCCCAUUGCGAUUUGGUACUGUCCAUGACAAGAUUCCCGACGAUUGGGAAACAGCGUCGUAUGACAAACUGGGCAAUUUCUAUUGUGGAAAUAUGGCGUGGAUGGCCCCAGAUGCGAACUUUUUUGCAGCAGCAUGCCCCAACGACGGUCUGAUGGAUGUCGUAAUCAACGAUGGCGAUAUAUCAGCAGCCAAGUAUUUGGAACUGUUAACGUCGGUUGAGACUGGCCAUUUGUUUGAUAAUCCUCACGUAUCAUACAAAAAAGUAGCCGCAUAUCGCUUCACCCCUCGAAACCAGAACGAUGGCUACAUCAGCAUCGAUGGCGAACAUGUCCCUUUCGAACCUUUCCAAGUCGAGAUCCACCAGGGGUUAGGUACUGUAUUGUCGAAAUGUGGAAAGUACGAAGCAGCAGGGCCAAACGGCUGGGAAGAAGCCAGUGUCUGAAAUUGCCGAAAUUAUCAGAUGGAACGAAUUCCAGUAAGCAAGUCGUGAGAUACCCAAUACCGUCACAUAUCCUACCUGUGUAAAUAGUUGCAGACUUGCCCCGCAAGAAAAUGUUCUUGGUCUCCAGUAGCGAAGCAACAGCGUCAUUAAAGCUCCGGUUCCCAU